AUGGUUUCCGUUACGACAACCCUCACUAUAUCCCCACCGAAAAGGCCAGAACGCGAGAAUGAAGGCCAUGUACCUUCGGAUGAGAGAAUCAACCAGCCGAACACGCCAACAACAAGGUCAAAGCCUGCGCAAUCGAAGCCGGUGAAGGUGGCGAAAACAUUUCAAAGGCUUCUAGAGGAUGUUGACAACGGUAAUGUCCAGUUUCCAGACGAUCUAGAAGCCGCGCGCUUUCCUCCUCAGAUCAAAGAGCCUGAAUUGAGCAUGUACUCCAUGUCGUGGCAAGCAAAAUCUCGCGAUGGCAAUAAUCUUUUGCACUAUGCAGUUAGAGAGGAAAUUGAAACUGAAGAGCAGGGGGAAGCUGUAUAUCGAGCGGUAAACUAUCGUAUCAGCUUUGUCAAAUGGCUAUUAAAGAGCGACCCCCAUAUGUUCAUGGAUAAAAACGACAAUGAAGAGCAGCCACUAUCUUAUGUCCUUGGGAAAUACCCUGUGGGUAAAGAUGUAACUGCGAGGCCUACGACUCCUACGGACCCGGAUCUUCAAAGAGCACUCACCCAUUACUUUCUAUCAGAAAAAACUCUUAAAGAUAACUGUAUCGAGAUCCUGAACGCCAAAGACAAGCGAGAGUUCCGUUGCACACUACACGCGAUGAUAAAGAAAAUGGGUGUCGAGAUAACUCCUUACCUUGAGCUUGGGCUGUUCAAUGCGGAAUCACUUAAAUCUAAGGACAAAGAUGAUAAUACGCCGCUUCAUAUCGCGCUCGAGGUGCAGCACUGGAAAUCUUGGGAGAAGGCCGAAGAUAGGGCGAACUUGAUCGCUUUACUGAUCAAGCUGGAGGAUGCAGCAUUAACUCACAAGAAUGGAACAAUAAGGGUUAAGGACAAUUUGCGAAUGGCACCCUAUGCUUACCACAUGGCGAAGUGUGUGGAAUUCCAUACCAGAGAAGAUGGGAAAGGAUGUACCGGCCAGGCCUGCAAAGAUGUCGAGUUCAUCUUGAAAGAUGCACUCAUAAACCUACCAGAAAAACGGGACGGGAUGAAGCAUAUUGUUCGCAAGGCCGGCACUCAAGCUCCUUAUUAUUAUUUCGAUCUUCAAGAGCUAAGCUGCGCGAAGCUGUCACCGACCGACUUUCUGAACAAUAUUGAGGCUUGUAUCGGAAACCUUUGCCUUGAUGCGAUUCUGAAGCAUGUUUAUCUCCCCAAACCAUCCAGUCUGAGUCCAACGUGUGCGGAUCACCCGGGAAACUACGUCGACUACACUGAUGUGUUUGAGUUGCUCCGGAAAAAUAACGUAAGGCGUAUAAUUAAUCUCAUUGUUGAGGAUGAGGAGGAUUUACCACAUAGUGAUGAGACUAUCGAGUUGGCUUUGAAGGGCAUUCAAGUGCGUACCUGGAAUUGGAUGCAAUAUGACCUAUGCUGCGAAACAAUUGCCAAUGCAGCGCCUGAUGUGGAAGAGCUUUUCCUGUAUUCCACUGGGAAGAGGGCUGUUCUCCAGAAUUGGACAAGUGGCGAGGGGUUAAAAAGGCUUCCUAAGCUUAAAAAGGUGACUUUCAAAAUCGACCUGAAACCCAAGAGAGGUGAAGAUAAAUUCAACUACGAAGAAUAUUUGAAGUCGAGGAUAAGGAAACUAGGCUUGGAGCUGCUCAAGGAGCAAAAUAUCGUUGUAAUUGUAAAAAAGGCCUCCUCCUCAUCUACAGAUACCACAGCAGAUGGGGCAGUAGGAUAUCCAAAUCCCGAGGCAAGCGAUGGAAAUCAGCCAGAUGCCUGGCUAGCAUGCAUGGAUGAAUUUUCGGCCUAUAUACAGGGAAUACCCGACUCAAUCUUAGAUAGAGCUAGAGAACCGGUCGUCAAGAUCGCCAUAAUCGAUGAUGGUUUAGACGUACACCAUUCGAAGCUAUGGGGCGUAAAGAUUACGGGUGGAACUUCAUUCCAUACGAGAGGUGGUCUCCUCGGUUCCCCGUCGACUCAUCAUUUUCCUUCGACCAGUGGUCACGGAACAGAGAUGACCAUGAGGGUCCGCCAGAUCUUUCCCAUGGCCACAUUAUACAUCGUUCGACUUGACGUGAUACGCGGAGAUGGCGGUCAUGCAACCAUUGCCGCGGGCUCUGCUGCUAAGGCGAUCAUGUGGGCUGCGGAAGAAGGUGUUGAUAUAAUAUCAAUGAGCUGGACAGUCGAAGAGACAACCCGCAACGAGUCCGACAUCAAGAGAAUGAAAGAUGCUGUUGCUGAAGCAUCGAAAAAGAAUAUUUUGAUGUUCUGUGCUGCUAAGGACGGUGGGUGGGCACAAAACGCCAGUCUUGGAUACCCGAAGAAUUGUCCAACGCCCACGUUCUGUAUUGGCGCGGCUACAGAACACGGAGAAAUAUCCGCCAGAGUGGGAAGCCAGAAGGGUAAAAUUGAUUUUGCUUUCCCUGGUGAGAACAUGGAACCGCUGUCUGGAGUUUGCGGAACUAUAAUAGCGGGAAGCUCCAUUGCUACCGCGUUGGCAGCUGGUUUGGCUGGGCUGUUGCUCUAUAUCGUAGAGUUUGAGCGGCCUGGUAGGACCAAGAAUGAGGAAGAAAUGAGAAAGCGUGGCAGGGCCUGGCGCAAACAUUUACAAGAUCAUCAGAAGAUGCAAUGCAUUCUCGAAGCAAUGGGAACUAAUCCUCAAAAGUACAUUCCCGUGCUAAAGUAUUUUAGCAUCGAUCAGAGAAACGAAUGGGGAAGUAACGCUGCAGAAUGCGCAUUCUACGAUCUUGUGGACAGGAUACGAAGGUAA